AUGUCAUUAUGUAUGAAAGAAUGGACGAAAAAGUAUGGUCGAAUAUUUGGCUAUUUUGAAGGACAUACACCGAUUCUUGUCGUCUCCGAUCCGAAUAUUUUACAAGAUAUGUUUAUUACAUCAUUUUCAAACUUUAAUUCACAUCGUGAAUAUGUAUUCGAUAACCCACAUGAGAAAGAAGGUCAUCUAUUUACUGCUCAAGGUCUUCGUUGGAAACGACAACGAUUUGUUAUUAAUCCAACAUUUUCAUCCGCCAAACUCAAACAAAUGUCCCCAUUAAUUAAUCAUAGUAUCGACGCAUUAAUGAAAAAAUUAACUGAACAAUAUCAACUUGGCGAACCAUUCGAUAUUUAUGCAUUUUUGAAACGUUUUACUAUGGAUACUAUAUGGUCAUGUGCAUUUGGUCUUGAUACAGACAUGCAAAACAACCCGAAUGAUCCAUAUCUUAUUCAAUCACAACGUGUAUUCAGCGCAGAAUAUUCUUUUAUGAUUGCCGGCUAUGAAACAACAAGUACUGCACUAGCUUAUGCUACUUAUGUUCUUGCAACUAAUCCAAAUGAACAACUCAAAUUACAAGAACAUAUCGAUUCUCAUUUCAAUCCGGAUACAGACAAUGAUGUACCCAGCUAUGAAACAAUCUCGAAAAUGGAAUAUUUAGAUAUGUUCAUUCGAGAGGUUCUUCGUAUGUAUCCGAUUGUACCAAUCGCCAUCAAUCGACAAAGUACAGAAGAUUUUCAUAUCAGUCAUAUCGGUACAAUUCCUGCUGGAAUAAUUGUCACUGUUGAUAUUUAUAGUGUACAUUUUGAUCCUGAUCUAUGGGGUCCAGUUGAUCCGAAUGUAUUUUAUCCAGAACGAUUUGCUACAAAAAGGCAUCCACUCGCAUGGAUUCCAUUUGGUAUCGGACCACGAAAUUGUGUUGGCAUGCGUUUUGCAAUGAUGGAAAUGAAAUUAGUUCUUAUUCGCUUGCUAAAAACUUAUUCAAUCAUUGAUUGUGGUAAACAAACACGGGAAUCAACUGAACAACUGGAUGAAAUUGUUGUUAUUUCACCGAAAAAUGUCAUAAUCCGCUUGCAAAGUCGAGACAAACAUACAACGUGA